AGAUCAGUGCAACACGGCUUUUCCAGUUUCUUCAUCGCCUCACAUUUCUCUUCUCUUUCGCGAGGAUGCAACUGGACGAUGCAACUGAUUCAACCACCCUCAGUUAUUGGUUAAAUUGGAGGGUCUAUAUUUGCGUAGUUUCUGUUUUGCUGUCUAUGAUCCUUGCAUGUCUAACAAUAUGGAAGCGUGAAAGUUCAAGGAAUCUCACAUUUGACAACGGAGAAAACCAGAGUACUUUGUGUGGCGAUGAAGCGUGGAAGCCAUGCCUUAAGGACAUUCACCCUGUUUGUUUGCUAGUUUUUCGAGUUAUCUCAUUCUCUUCUCUUUUGGCAUCACUAAUUGCCAAAAUCCAUGUCAGUCAUGGCACAACAUUUUACUAUUACACUCAGUGGACCUUCACUCUGGUUACAAUUUAUUUUGGGUGUGCAUCUGUGCUAUCAGUGUAUGGGUGUUACAUGUAUAGAAAAUCCACAUCCACCACCUUAAAUGAUAAUAUUGCUAGAAUAGAUGCAGAGCAAGGUCCAAAUGUACCUCUCUUACACCAGGAUGCCACAAACAUACAGAAGAAUCAAAUUGCACCUGUUUGGAGUUACAUUUUUCAAAUUUUAUUCCAGAUUAGUGCAGGAGCAGUCAUGCUUACGGAUUGCAUUUAUUGGCUCAUUAUUUUUCCAUUUCUUACCCUGAGAGAUUAUGAUUUAAACUUUAUGACAGUGAACAUGCAUACACUAAAUUUAGUUUUGCUCUUCGGCGAUGCAGCUUUAAAUUGCUUGCGAAUACCCUGGUCUGGGAUGUCUUUCUUUGUGUUAUGGACAGGUGUUUACGUCAUUUUUCAGUGGAUAAUUCAUGCAUGCGUUUCGAUUUGGUGGCCUUACCCAUUUCUUGAUUUGUCAUCACCUUCUGCACCAUUGUGGUACUUGGUGAUGGCAUUAAUGCAUAUUCCAUGUUAUGGCUUCUUUAUGCUGAUUCUAGAAUUGAAACACUAUUUCUUAUCAAAGUGGUUCCCAUCCUCUUGUCAGUGCUAAAGAUCGAGUGGUAUCGAAGUCAGAUUUGAUCUUUUUAGAGUCAAAUGCAGGUUGGCCUGCGCAAAAACGAUUCACUCUCGCAACUGUUUAAUUGUCGAAAUCUGGUCUGCUACCAGAUAGCAUAAGUGUGUACAUGUUCGAUGUCACUUGUGUCCAUUGAGAUAAUAUUUUUAACAAGAGAUUUCAUGGUUAAAAUUACUCAUGUACGGUGAAAAAAGAAAUGAAAAAAAAUAGUCUUUUAGAAAAUAGUUUACUUAGAGAAAGUUGAGACAUCUCUGUAUCUCAAUGACACUUGUCCACUGAGAUAAAAUGACGAUGUGGGGAACAUGUUCUCGAUAUUUGGUCAGCACAGAAUGUUCCCGACGAUCGAAAUGGAUGCUUCGUUGAUGAGAUCGCCUGAAGAUAUUAUCAAGAGUUUGAUUCGGCCAGAUGAAGAUGUUUAGGUAGUAUUAUGUUGUAUCAUUAUUUUGUUGGAUUUUAGUUCUUGUUAGAAGAUGUUGGUAUUGAAAUGUCUUAUACUUAGCGUAAAGGUUUGGUAGUCUCUUUGAAAAGUCAAAAGAAUGAAGAAAAGAUAUUUUGUAUUCUACCGUAUCAACUAUAUAGGUUUUCCAAUCAAUUCAUUCGAAUAAGAUGAGUGUGACGAACAUGAAUGCAUAGUUUGAUCAUGCCCCUUUGUCAAUUGAAACUUGUCAGCUAGUAGGGUAGUAGGAUUAAGCUCAAUAUAGAAUAUAUUGAAAUGUGCUACUUUUUUGUCACUACUCAUCUUAUAUGAGGGAAUACAUGUGAUAUGUUCUCUUUAUUCUUUUGAUUUUUAAAGAGACUAUCAAAUUUUUACGCUAAGUAUAAUACACUUCAAUGCUGACAUUUUCGGAAAACUUUCAAGAAUAUAAUUUAAAUCAAACAUCAUGAAGAUACCACAUAUUUAGGGAAAAUGUAAUUUAAUGUAACACAACGUUUCGUUUAUUGCCCGAUUUGAACGAAGAUG